AUGGCACCCUCGAAGUGGGAUGAUGAGGAAGAAAGUACUUCUCCUCCCGUGGUAUACCGCCGCAAAUUCGAUGAUGAGGAAGAGGACGAUGUUCUCGACUCCUGGGAUGCCGCUGAAGAUUCCGAGGUAGAGAGGGAAAAGGCGAAGAAAGCGGAAGAGGCCAAAGCCAAAGCGGAGGCUGAAGCGGCUGCAAAGAAGAAGAGCAAGGCGCAGCGGAUACAGGAACACAAGGAAGUGCGGCGGCAGGCAGAAGAGGACGCCACGGACUCCGAAAGUGACGAGGACGAGGCCGAGAAGCGGGCUCGUCUCCGCCGAACCGAGAAGGACUCAGAUCUCAAGCACGCCGAGGAUCUGUUCGGUGACAUCGAUCUGAAUCGCAACCGGGGCACUCCCAAGGCUGUUGUUGUCAAUGACUCGGCCGACCCAACACAAGCGGUCGAUCUUUCCGCCAUGCCGCUCUUCAAGCCCACCACCAAAGAUCAAUUCACCCGGUUGACGACUACCCUGGUGCCGCUGCUGACGCCGCAGUCGAAGAAACCGCAGUAUGCGCUGUGGGCGCAGGACUUCACCAAGCAGCUGGUCAGGGAGCUGCCCAGUGCGGAUAUCAAGAAGAUCGCUAGCGCUUUGACGACCAUGAGCAACGAGAAGAUGAAAGAGGAGCGGGCGGCGGACAAGGGUAACAAAAAGUCCAAGGCGGCGAAGACCAAGGUUUCACUGGUGACCUCAAGAGAUAAUAAGAUUGAUGCAUCUUAUGAUGGUGAUGGCUUGGAUGAUGAUGAUUUCAUGUGA